UGAUUCUUUUGGCUUGCAUCAGCCCAUUUUACCACCACCAUUGCCUCCUUUGCCUCUUUCACUUCCAUCCGGCCAACAGCAGCCACAACAACAGCAUACUCUUACUCCGGAGCAGCUUGAAAAUCGGAUGGCUAAGAUGGCCCAACUUGAGAAGAUUCAGUCAACAUUGAGUAAAAGCAAGAGUGCCAGUACUCCUGGAGCUGCUGCUGUGGCUACUGGAGCUGUUUUACAUCAAAAGCAACAGCAACAACAGCUACAACAGCAACAGGUCCGAUUACAACAGGCUCAAAAGUUCCAACACUCAGGUAAACCUAAUUUGGUCUUCUACGCAUUGUCACUUUCGAUUGAUACUAAUUUUAAUCUGCCGCCUUUAAACUUUUAUCAAACAUCCUAUUUCUCACAUUUAUGUUGCUACACUUUACCUAACAAUUAUUACUCUGGGCAGCUAAUACCUCGUUAA